ACUUCCAGGCAAACGAAUGGUCUGGGAAUUUGUAUUGCCACAGACCACUCAUGCUUUCUUAUUCUGGACAGCAGCAUAAACCACAGACUAUGUCUUAACGUUUGAUGUAAACCCUUUUACUAGUAAAACAACAGAGAAAAGACAUAAGAAUAACCAGAAAAGAGCCGCAGUAUUUGUUGAAAUCUUGUGAAACUUUUUAAUUGGUGACAUGUUUCAACAUUUAGAAAGAAGUGCUUUUUAUAUUUCCAGCUGAGUUUGCUCUAUUAAUUUUUAUGUAAAUUAAUAUAAAACUAUGGGACGUAGUGUGAAUAAUAAAGCUCUUUAUUGCUUUGCCCAAACAAUUAAGGCAAAAUGCAACUGUGAGAUCCUGAUAUGCUUGAGCCAUCACUUCAUUGUGCUGGCUCUAGGAAACAAUUCGCUUCCGAGGUACAAAGUUUUUAUUUUUUGUAGGUUCGUCCUUAAAGAAAAAUACUUUUACGAUGCUACAAAUGGCACCUGUGCUAUGUGUUGACUUUUUUAUCCUAUUUUCUUGUUGAGCUCACCAGGACAGUUAUCUAGCAAAUUUUUCUCUGUUAAUCUCAAAUGGGAUCUUCUGUGUAAGAGCAAGUAAAGAAACGUAAAGAAAAUUCAGGAAGACAGUCCAUUACUAGGUAAAUUUAUUCUUAAAUUCUGGGAAAAGCUUGAGUCCAUUGUACAAAAACAAGCAACCGGUUCUGUCCUUCUGACCUUUGCAGCUGUUCUGCUUAAAGCCAUAGGGAAGAAGAUCCAACCAGCCACUGGGAACCACCUAUGCCUUUCAAACAACUUGUCAACAUUUUGCAUUGCUUUGCAUUAAUUUGUUUGAUGGAUGACAAGAAGUUGCACACUUUGCAUUCAGUUCUGGGCUCUGUCGUUGCCUUGGAUAUUUCUCCAAGACAACUCACCCUUUAAAGUCAUAUCUGUUACAUCUCAUUGCCAUGACGUUAACUCCUUUUCCACAACUGCAGGAAAUGUUUUAAGAUCUGUUUAAAGGUAAUAUGGAAUAGUAGAAAUCCAUUCAUCCAUUAGCUAGAGGCUAGAAGGCGGGGUACAAAAUUCAGUUUCUGGACAGAAACAGAAUUUUAUUUAGUUCACAUUACAGUAUAGGGGAUUCAAUUCUGUUCCAGAAUUUGUUCAAUUCAUAUAUUUAAAAUAUAAACCAUUAUGUAUAUAUACAACCAAUCACAUCCAUGCAUACUGACCAGCCAUAGCAGCAGUUUCAUUUUCAUCUUAAUUAUUAGAUGUUAACUCACAGUCGCUAUUGCAAUAAGAAUGUGUGCAAUAUCGCAAUCAUAAAUUACCUAAUGGAUUGAAUAUUUAUUGGGCUAUAAGACUUAAGGCACCAUGCAUUAAAAUUUUGCCUGAUGAUAAUAUCUUUAACCAUUUGCAUUUCUUUUUACUUUUAAUGCCUAUAACGAAUAUAGAUAUUUGUGACUGUUAUCAGAAAGCUUAUGGAUAGUGAUAUAUGCAUUGUGAUGAUGCAAAAUAAAAAGAAUUGUAAGAUAAAUGUGCUUUUAUCACAACCAGUAUUGUCACAAUAUUUGGAAAUAAUAUUGCAAUAUCAUUCUUUAAUGGUAUGCAUUCCCAAUAAUUUUGAUGCCAUCCAUACUGAUUCAGUUGAUUUUUUUUUCCAUGUCACACAAGGAAACAAUGCAUUUGAUGUGUGGCCCCACCAGUACAUCUGCAUGUGGGGCCACAACCUAGCUGAAAUGUUGUGAAUUAGAAGCUGACAAAUCCAUCAUCCUAAACACUUAAACACCUCUGCUCUUCCUCAUAGAAAUCAUUUGAAGAAAGUAAUAAACAAAUUCUGUCACUAUCCUAGCGUCUAACUAACAAUACCCAGGUCUUUUGACCUAACUCAUACAGUUUAAAACCAAAACUACAAAAUACUAAGAAAUCAUAUGUAAACUUGGUUUGUGGUGGAGAGUUGUGGCAGCAAAAGCAGCAGAAGAAGCAAAUCCAAGACAUGAGGCCCAUCUACACUGCCAUGACUUAGCAGUGACCAUAGUGGCUUUGUGUCGAGGUGAUUUAUCUCCUUUAUGUACUAGUGUAGCUGCAUCCCAGUGCUGUCUCAUAGAGUUGUUUAAGGCUGCAGCUGUGGGUGUGGUGUAGUCUUUGAUAAACUGGGUAGAAUCGUCAUAGUAAAAUACUAGUUGUAAACAGAGAGUGGUGAGAGCACAGGAAGGUAUCUUAAGGUUAAGGAAAAUAGGAGGCACACUUUAGCAGUGUCAAAUUUACCUUCUCUCUAAAAAAAGGUUUUCCAAAUUUUCUGCAAUCCAGCUAAGAUUAUUAUUCAAAUUAAAGAAGGCUUAAAAACAUUCUGAAAUGAAAACCUGUCAUCUGCUUUACACAGUUGGUCCUUAAGAAAAAGGAAACAAUUUUCACUUUUAAAGGAUCUUAAUUCUUUUGGAUAAUUUGGAACGUCUCUAAGCAGUAACCAGGUGGUGCAAUAAACUGCAGCUCCAGCGUUAAUAUCUAUUCAGCCACAUUUCAACAUAAUGCCAGGAUUAUCAAUAAUGCUAAAGAUCUUCAUUAUAAAAAGGUUUUUGAAGUGUUUAAUUUCUGGUUUAUAUUCAAGAAAUGUUUCAAACUCGUCCCAUGUGACAAUGAACAGCUCUGGUUCCAGAUGUGAUGGAAAACGUGCAGAAACUGUUCCAGCUGACUUGUAAAAUGACUGAGCAUUUAUACUGGUAAGACUUUAAAAAGUUAAUUUGUAAAGAAACUGAAUUAGCCGAACUAGACAGAAUACCACAUGUAUCCUGGCUUGCAUCUGAGACUAAAAGUGAAAAACUAUAAAAACAAAACCUUUGGCCUCAGAUGCAAGCUCUGAUCUAUGGGAUUUUGUCUAGUUGAAAUCACAACCUUCAGAGUGGUUUUUUUGUGUUUUAUGUGACAGACCGUCAAAAAAUAGUGCAUAUUCAUAAAGUGAAAGGCACAAAGUUUUAAAUUUGUAUUCAUGUAGAUUUUAUUUUUAAAAUGAUGCCUUGCAUUUAUAUUUAGCUCAGCUCUGCUAAUGCUUUUCAGAGCCUCGUAUCACUGCACUUAAACCUGCAACUGGCAUGUCCUUACCAGUUUUGAACAAGUAGAGACAGUUUUUUUUUUUUUUUUUUUUGCCACUUAUUUGACAGAGAGAGUCAAUGCAGAGCAGUUUUUAAGUGUUGCCACAGAUUCGUAUUGGAAUUUUGGUCCGGACUUUGACUGGCCUAUUUCAAAACAAGCACAUGCUUUAAUAUAUUCUAGUGUAGCUCUGUCUGUAUGUUUAUGGUUGUUUCCUUGCAUUUCCCUCACUCUGAAGUCUUUUUCAGCCUAAUAGGUUUUCUUCCAAACCUAGCCUUUUUAGAGCUAAAUCCUUCUUUCAUUGAUCAUCUUCCCCAUCCCUACUCAAAAAACGCAUCUCCGGAGCAUAACACUGUCACCGACAUGUUUCACUGUGGUUGAUAUGCUAAGGUACUGAGAAAAGUUGUGAUUUUUUGUUUUGUUUUAUUUGAUCAGAAAAUUCUUCCACUUGUUUGCUGUGUCCUUAUAUAGCUUAUGGCAUUGCUUGUAGAGUUCACAGCUAGUAGUUGACCCGUCAAUUAAUGAUGGAGUUGCACAUCCUAACACCGCAUUAAACUUCUGCACAACUUUAUUCCAGACCUCUCUGCUGUUUUCCUUGCUCUUCAUGUUGCUGCUCACCAAUGUUCUCUAACAGUCCUUAGCAGCCCUAGCUUCUGACCAUUGACGGUUGGACUGUAUGUUAUUUAGGCGUCAAAUGAAAUGCUUUAAAUUCUUGGAUGUAACGACAGAUGACAGUGAUCAGAUCAAAGGAUAUAAAUACUGCUCUAGAUUUAUUUUCUACUCCGUACGUCAAGGGUUGCAAUAACUUCCAGAGCAGCUCCACUAACAUAUUGACAGAUUUCACAUUUCACAUAAAAUUAAAGCACCGCCAACCUCCAGAUCCCAAAGUAGGAGACCGACAUCUGAGGGUGUCAAAUGGAAAGCAGGUAAAACAUUAACUUUUGUUCUGCUGACAAGAUACUGCCACUGCUUCCUUAUUAGUGGAAACAGGGGAAAGCUUGGGACCAGAUGUCAUUCGCUAAUUGAGGAAAGGAGUUCGGCUGUUACCUCGGUAACCCAGAAAUCAGCACCCGUGCUCCUCUGACCAAUCAGACUGAAGACAUUGCCGUUCAGAGAGAGAUACAACAUCAGCCUGAGCAGCUGUGAUGUUAAGCAGGACUGCUUUUUUCAAAAUACCUUCUUUUUUUUUUAAAGAAGAAUGCAUUUUUCUAAAGUGACAGGACAUCUAUUUGGAGAACUUCACAAGAACUGCUUAACAUAGAAAUUCAAUCUUCCUAUUUUUUCUUUAAGUACUUUUAUGUUUUUUCUGAGCUUGAGCACCAGCAUUUUUGUCUUUUUCUGGUGCGGUGGUGGGGAGGGGGGUUAAUGGCGUGGUUUCAUCUGGCUCGGGUCAAAGUGAACUGGACAGCACUUUUAAUUUUGGCCCACUUCACAUACCUGCUGAUCGGGGCCAUCAUCUUCCAGAUUCUGGAAAGAGAAGCCGAGAGCAACAACAGAAACCACUUCCAGCUAGAGAAACUACAUUUUCUGGCUAAUUACACCUGCUUGGAUGGUCCUGCCUUGGAGAAGUUUGUCCAGGUGAUUUUAUAUGCCUGGGAAAAGGGAGUGAACCCCUCAGGCAACUCAACCAACCCCAGUAACUGGGAUUUCAGCAGCUCCUUCUUUUUUGCAGGCACAGUCGUCACAACAAUUGGUUACGGAAACCUCUCCCCGAGCACUGUGUCCGGUCAGGUGUUUUGUGUGUUUUACGCACUCUGUGGUAUUCCUCUGAACCUGGCUUUCCUGAAACAAAUGGGCAAGUGUCUGACCAUUCAUCUGGGUCGACUAGAGACAGGAAUGGUGGCGGUUGUUCCUCACAAGAAAGCCGUGGAAGCCCUGGCAGUCAGUUUGUUCUUCAUCACCGGCAGCCUGCUGUUUCUUGUCAUCCCUCCUCUUCUGUUCAGUUAUGUGGAAAGCUGGACGUUUGGAGAGGCCUUCUACUUUGCCUUCAUUACCCUCAGCACCAUUGGUUUUGGAGAUUAUGUAGUGGGCACCGACCCAGGGAAGGAGUACAUCUCCCUGUACCGCUGCCUUGCAGGCAUUUGGAUCAUCUUCGCGCUUGCUUGGCUUGCCCUUAUUCUCAACAUGGGAGUGAGGAUUAUGGAGAACCUGGUUAUCCUGACUCACCCAGGUUUUAAGAAGCAUGAAGAAGAGGAUGAGGACGUUUCCUCCAGUAAAUUAGAAGUCACAUCAAAGAUCUGACAAUGGACUUUAAAAUUCUUUCAAAUAAUAUUAUUCUGCUGGUUAAUACUUUAUUUAAUCCUUUUUUCUCUCUCUAAUAUCUUUCUUAAUACAAGACGAGGCAACAGCAGUUUUAAUACAUAAAUAUAUUGGUGAUAUAUUGUGUUCUACCUCAGUGUGAAAGCCUGCUUGAUCAGGAAUCAUCUGUUUUUUCCAUUCUAUGAUUGGUGUUUAUCUUCUCCUUGUUCUCUUCUGAUUCCCACCCGUAUGAUUAGAUGUUCAAACAGGAAGCUCAUAUCUGGGCUGUUAUUUCAUGACACCCUGUCACAUGGCGUGUGGGGGUGUGCGUGGGGCGGUGUGUGUGCGUGUGUUUUGUGUGUGUUCAUUGAUGUCAGUCCACAUCUGUGCUUGUGUGCUAACAGGAGACUCUAGUGAAUUGAGCACGGACGGCUAUCUUAAACCAACACAUUAAUCAAGAUGGUGAUGCGAGGUGGAAAAAAAGAGGAUGGCCCUCACCUGACACUACCUUAUGUUUUUCAGAAGACAAAAUUAAAAACACCAAAUACGCAUAUCUGACAUUCAUUCAAGAUGCCGUGCAAAGGAGCUCAUACACCUGGACCUUUUCCACAAUUUGUCACGUUGCAAUCACAAAUUUUUAUGUUUUUGUUCCUAUUGUAUUUGACCAACAUCAAAGUAUUGCACAAUGAUGGAGUGGAAGGAAGAGGAUGUAGGGUUUAUUAGCAAUAAAAAUCUUAAAUAUGUCGCA